AUGAAGACCUUAUUGGUGUUGACAGCCGUUGUAGCUGUGGCCCUUUGCGGCACAUACACGCAUCAGCUAAUGUGGCGCGAGAGUAAAAUGUUGAAGAUGAUGAAGACCGGUGAAUGGGCUGCUUACAGACAGCACAAAGAGCAACUCCGUGUCGCGCUUAAGCCAAACGUUUACGAUAAUCUUCCACAAAACGUGUUGGACUACGACGAUUUGGAGUACUUGGGUAACAUCACGAUUGGAACGCCCGAUCAGACUUUUGUUGCCGUUCUCGACACGGGAUCAUCGAACCUUUGGGUGCCUGGAACCAAAUGCGGCGCCACUUGCAACGGAAAGCAUAAAUUCGAUGGCAGCAAAUCGUCGACUUUCACCGACAAGAAAACCCCAUGGACAAUUCAAUAUGGAUCCGGUGACGCAAAGGGAACUCUUGCUCAAGAUAUUGUUAAGUUCGGUUCAACUGGUGAGAAUCAAUUGGCUGUGCCAAACACUGUCUUUGGACAAGCCACCCAAAUCUCCUCCGACUUCAAGAAUGACGCAACUGAUGGUAUUCUUGGAUUGGCUUUCCAAUCUCUGGCUGUCGACAACGUUGUCCCCGUGCUUGUCAACGCCAUCAAUCAAGGACUUCUCGAUCAACCCCUUUUCACUGUUUGGUUGCAGCACAGAGGAGCUGUUGAAGGAGCCGCUGGUGGAGUCUUCACCUACGGAGCCGUCGAUCAGACCAACUGUGGACAAGUGAUCGCCUAUCAACCACUCUCAUCCGCCACCUAUUUCCAAUUCAAGGUCGACUCAUUCAAAAUUGGCACCUACACGAAGAACCAGAAGUAUGAUGUGAUCUCCGACACUGGUACCUCAUUCCUUGGUGGACCAACCGCCGUUGUCCAAGGAAUGGCCAAGGCUUUGGAUGCAAAGUACAACAAUUUCGAGGGAGUCUAUUAUGUGGACUGCACAAAGAAUGUCGGCACUCUUGACAUCUCGAUUGGCGGAAAGGUUUACUCGAUCGAUCCAGUCAAUUACAUUGUUCCCGAUGGAAAGGGAAAAUGCUACUUUGCCGCAUUCCCCUUCGAUUUCGGCGGUUUUGGCCCAGCUUGGAUCUUGGGAGAUCCAUUCAUCCGUCAAUUCUGUAACAUUUACGACAUUGGAAACAAGAGAAUGGGAUUCGCGCCUUCUCUUCAAAAG